CAGCCAGUAACGGCUAUGGUAUAUCAGCAGCAAUUAACAGCCAAUCAAAUCAAAAAAUCGUUGCCACUGGGAAUGUUCAUGGAGGAGCAACCAUAGAAUUUAUCAACUCAACUAUUCCUCAAACUGUGAGCCAAAUGAAACCUGACACUGUUGUCGUCCAAUGCGGGACCAACAAUAUCAUCGUCGAGAAUACAACUACUACCAUAUCCAAAAUGAAAUCUCUAAUCACUACCCUCAAAUCAACUGGUAAAGCAAACAAGACCAAAACAGCUGUCAUAGAAAUACCAUAUAGGAGAGACAAACCACUCUCACACAAGCUAAACACAAAGAUUGACGCCAUAAAUUCAGCAACCCAAUCAGAAUGCAAGAAGCAAGAUGUACACUUUAUUAGAAUAAAUACAACUGAUUAUAACAAGAGCAUAUUAGGAAGGCAAGGUCUACACUUUAAUAUAAAGGGACGACAGCAUGUAGCAAGAAAUGUACUCAAAACUCUGUACCCUAGCAACGUAACCCUAAAUGUCAAUGAAAUCAACAUACCAAAGCAAUGCUCCGAUAGAAGUAAUACAAAUCGAAUGGACUCCUUGGACCCUAUCUGGAUCAACAGGAAAGUAAUGCAAUAAGCAGAGUGGGUCACUAUACAACAGAUAUUGAAUCUAAGGUAGCAAUGACAGACAAAUCAAAAUACCCUUGCAACCUCACAGACUCAAAGAAUGAAUAUUCAAAUGACACGUCACAAACUGCAAUUCCAUAUGAGAACAUUGAUAUAUUAUGCUGGAACAUUAAUAGACUAAGUGAUAAACUGACUGACCCAGAUAUUUUUGAAAAUCUAAUCAAAAACCAUAAAAUUGUAUUCUUACAAGAAACCAUGAUCAAUUCAAAAG